CCCGCCCGCCCAGGGCUCCCAGCACCGGGCAGCCCUAGUGCUCCUGCCAGGACGGCCCCGACUCGCCGCUCAGACCCGGCUCCCGAGGCCUCUCCCGGAAGCCCCCGUGCCAGGUGGAGGCCGGUCCACGUCGCAUGGGUGCAGGGCGCCAGCUGUGCAGUGGGGGCCAGGUCUCAGGCGCCCCCUCCGUAUUCCCGGGCCACCCCAGUCCUGACGGGGGCAGGAGCAGGAUGCUGCGGAGGCCAGCCCCAGAGGACGACAGCGCCGUCUUGAUAGACAUGGCCCCGGGGACAGAGAAGGGGGACUCCUACGGGAGCACAGCCAGCACCUCGCAGCCGGACGGAGACCAGGCAGCCGCCCGCGGGACGGCGAGCCCUGCCAAGCCGCGGAUCGCAGACUUCGUCCUGGUUUGGGAGGAAGACCCGCGGCUGGGUCAGCAGCAGGACGGCGCCGCCCGGGACAAGACAGACACACACAGGGCCUGGCGGGAGACCUUCCUGGAUAACCUUCGUGCGGCUGGGCUGCAUGUGGACCAGCGCCACGUCCAGGACGCGGCCGGCGCGGUGCACUACGUCCUCCUCAGCGCCCCCUGGGCCGUGCUCUGCUACUACGCGGAAGACCUGUGCCUCAAGCUGCCCCUGCAGGAGCUGCCGAACCAGGCCCACAACUGGUCGGCCGGCCUGCUGCAGUGGCUGGGGAUCCCCAACAUUCUGCUGCAGGAUGUGCCCGACCUGCCCCCCGAGUAUUACUCCUGCCAGUUCAAAGUGAGCAAGCUGUCCAGGUUCCUCGGGAGCGACGACCAGGACACCUUCUUCACCUGCACCCACAGGCACCAGAUUCUGUUCGAGAUCCUGGCCAAGACCCCGUACGGCCACGAGAAGAAGGGUCUGUUUGGGAUCGAACAGCUGCUGUCCCAGGGCGUCUUCAGGGCGGCCUUUCCGCUGCACCAGGGCCCCUUUGCGAUGCCCCCGGAGGGCGCGAGGGCCCCGGGCCUCAACCAGCGGCAGGUCCUGUUCUGGCACUGGGCCCGCUGGAGGUCGUGGCACAAGUACCAGCCCCUGGACCAUGUGCGCAGGUACUUCGGGGAGAAGGUGGCCCUCUACUUCGCCUGGCUCGGGUUCUACACGGGCUGGCUCCUGCCCGCGGCUGCCGUGGGCACCCUGGUGUUCCUGGUGGGCUGCUUCCUGGCGUUCUCGGACACGCCCACGCAGGAGCUGUGCGGCAGCGCAGACGCCUUCGAGAUGUGCCCGCUCUGCCCGGCCUGCCCCUUCUGGACGCUGUCCAGCGCCUGCGCCCUGGUCCAGCAGCUCCAGAACCGCACCCAAACCACCCAAGUCGGCACGGGAGACACUCAGGCGUGGCCACCUCGGGGCGACCUCCCUCCCCCAGGAGCCCGGACGGGAGUCGCCUGCGCCCACAAUGCAACCUCAGGCCGGCGCGGGGCUGAGACCCAGAGGGGGCGCAGCGAGGGUGACCCCGCCCCCCCGCAGGCCGGCCGGCUCUUCGACCACGGCGGCACCGUCUUCUUCAGCGUGUUCAUGGCGCUGUGGGCCGUGCUGCUCCUGGAGUACUGGAAGCGGAAGAGCGCCACGCUGGCCUACCGCUGGGGCUGCUCCGACUACGAGGACAUCGAGGAGAGGCCGCGGCCCCAGUUUGCCGCCCUGGCUCCCGCGACAGCCCUGAACCCCGUCACGGGCGUGGAGGAGCCCUACUUCCCCAGGAGGAGCCGCGUGCGCCGUGUGCUGGCCGGGUCGGUGCUGGUGCUGAUGAUGGUGGCCGUGGUGGUCAUGUGCCUGGUGUCCGUCAUCCUGUACCGCACUGUUGCGGCCAUGCUGGUGUCCAGGUCGGACCGCGCCCUCCUGGUGGCCUGGGCUCCGCGCAUCGCCAGCCUCACAGGCUCCGUGGUGAACCUGGUGCUCAUCCUCGUGCUCUCCAAGGUCUACGUGGCCCUGGCCGGCGUGCUGACGAGGUGGGAGAUGCACCGGACCCAGACCAGGUUCGAGGACGCCUUCACCCUCAAGGUGUUCGUCUUCCAGUUCGUCAACUUCUACUCCUCGCCCAUCUACAUCGCCUUCUUUAAGGGCAGGUUUGUGGGGUACCCAGGCAACUACCACACCUUGUUUGGGGUCCGCAAUGAAGAGUGCGCGCCUGGGGGCUGCCUCGUGGAGCUGGCGCAGGAGCUGCUGGUCAUCAUGGUGGGCAAGCAAAUCAUCAACAACGUGCAGGAGAUUCUCGUCCCGAAGCUGAAGGGCUGGUGGCAGAAGCUCCGGCUGCGCUCCAAACGGAGGAAGGUGGCGGCUUCGGUGGCUGCGGGGCAGGCGCCCUGGGAGGCCGACUACCAGCUGCUGCCCUUCGAGGGCCUGUUUGACGAGUACCUCGAAAUGGUGCUGCAGUUCGGCUUCGUCACCAUCUUCGUGGCCGCCUGCCCGCUGGCGCCGCUCUUCGCGCUGCUCAACAACUGGGUGGAGAUCCGCCUGGACGCGCGCAAGUUCGUGUGCGAACGCCGGCGCCCGGUGGCCGAGCGCGCGCAGGACGUGGGCAUCUGGUUCCCGAUCCUGGCGGGCAUCACGCACCUGGCGGUCAUCAGCAACGCCUUGCUGCUGGCCUUCCCGUCCGACUUCCUGCCGCGCACCUACUACCGCUGGACCCGCGCCGGCGACCUGCGCGGCUUCGUCAACUUCACGCUGGCGCGCGCCCCGCCCGCCUUCGCUGCGGAGCACAACCGCACGUGCAGGUACCGGGCGUUCAGGGAAGACGAUGGGCAGUAUUCCCGCACCUACUGGAACCUUCUGGCCAUCCGCCUGGCCUUCGUCAUUGUGUUUGAGCACGUGGUGUUCUCCGUGGGCCGGGUCCUCGACCUCCUGGUGCCCGACGUGCCGGAGUCCGUGCAGAUCAAGGUGAAGCGGGAGUACUACCUGGCCAAGCAGGCGCUGGCGGAGAAUGGGGCUCUCGCUGGGACAAACGGAGCGAAGGACAGCCGGCCCCCAGCCUCCGAGGAGAGCCUGGGCCCGCAGGCUGGGCAGCCAGGAGCCAGCCAGGCCUCCCCAGACCCUUCCCCCUGGGGGCAAGUUGGCAGCUGAGGGGCCUGGAGCCAGACCUACCUGGAAGGCCAAGGCCUCCCACAGCCCUGAGGUCCCAGCACGCCUCUGGUCCCCCCUCGGCCCCUGCCCCCUCCCACCCCCUGCUCCAAGUCACAGCUGGGGGUCAG